UUAGAUUAGAGUGUCCUCAAGGAGCAGUGUCCAAGGAUACUGAAGUAGCUGUUACUGCACUAGCUGGUGGUAAUUUUAAGGUACCCAAAGGUACUAUGCUAGUGAGUGCAGUAUAUGCAAUAUCAGUAUCUAAGGCACUAUUAAAACCACUGGUAAUAGAGCUACAACAUUGUGUGGAUCUAAGGAACACUAGUCAGACUGGUUGCCUCAAGUUUGUGAGAGCUCCACUGAAGUCUCCUUACCAGUUCAGUAUAGUUGAAGGAGGAUCUUUUAGAGUUGGGAAAAGAUACGGAUCAAUAAAGCGUGAGCAGUUCUGCUGUAUGGGUAUUGUAGCUGAGAUGAGUAAUGGAGACACACCUAGUGACAGUGAGAGUGAGGAAGGUUAUGAGACACCACCUGAAGGAUUAACUGAUGACACACAUAAUGAUAGUGGUAAUGGAGCAGGAGAGACUAGUGAGAGAACUGCCUCACCAAUAAAUACUGGACUAUCUCAAGAAUCAGUAACUGAUGACUCUAACCAAAAAGUACAAGAAGUUGAGUCUACUUCUGGUGCAUCUAAUGUUAGCAAUGAAUCAACUGAAGAUGAAGUGAAACAAAAACCAAAUGAAGACAAAGGAGUCACUCUACUGUACACUGGAAUGAUGUAUCAUGAAAAGAAAGAAGUUAAUCAAUGGAUGACUACAUUUUCUGUUGUUAGAGAUUUAGAAGUCCUUCAGCAAUAUUUAGAGACAAAACAUUCUAAAGCUGAACAAGAUGGACCAUUUGUCAUAUUCAAGUACAAUCAACCUGAUGGUAUCCUUCAGUUGUGUCUACAAGAUACUCCAUCACUUGAAUCAGGAUGGACUGUACAUCCUGACCAAUACCCAAUGCAAAUACAUCAAUACGUAGUGGACAAGUUUAUAGACAAUCCUAUGUGUUCCAGUAUCCAUAUAUCAGUGUAUGCUGAAAUUGGUGUUGCUAAAAAGCCACUUCAUUGCCCCAUUGAAUUAACUGGAAUAGAUCCUUCAAAAAUAAUUUACAUCAACAGAUCACCUCCUCCUCUAUCGAUAAACUCCAGCUCUACUGCUGCUGUGGCUACUAAUAGGCAGUUUGACAGAGAACAUCAAAAUGCUAUUUUAGAGACUGAUGCAGUAUCUUUAAUUUCGAGUUCAUCCAUAAACAUUAAAGCAUCACACCAUAGACUAACAAUUAAAGAUUUAAAUGAAGUAUUAAAUGAUUUGAAGAGUGGAGGGUUUUCUGAUGAAAGCUUUUUUGGCCUUGGUCUGGAGUUAGGUUUGCAUCAUCGGACACUGAAUACUAUCAAAUCGGACAACACGAAAUCGGAAGGCCAACUUAGGGAGUGUAUUUCAAAUUGGUUGAUGAGAUUAGAUGAUGUUGAUAAAUGUGGAGGAGCAAACUGGACAACGUUAUGCAAUGCAGUAGAAAAGAUGAACCGAGCAGCAGCUGAUUUUAUUAGAGCUAAACACAAUAUAUUGGCCUCACAACCAAUGGAGCAGAGCUACCCUCAAAAUUAUGUUGAACCAGACACCCAGACUACAGGUUCUGAUGAAGGGGCACGAAGAAGAUACUCACGGAAAUCUAGUAAGUUCUAUUAUUAAGACAAAAAAAUUACAAUAAACUUGUAUAGCUUA